AGAAAAAACUCUUUCUCGCUGCGCUUAAGGCAGAACAAUGUAUUGUUUUGGUGGCUACUUUGUACAUUCAUAAACUGAGGCUUUGAUUAAUACGCGGUAGUGUUUGCUACUUAGAUCUUUUGUAGAUAGAAGCAGGAAAGAAGUUGGACACGUGCCAAUUUACAUAUGGGGCUCAUUUAGAAAAUUAUAGCUAGUGUUGGUAUGCCGAACGUUUAGUGUGUGUUCAGGAAAAGCGGGAAAGAGGAAGGAACGGAACACAAAGGAGUAGGAAGGAGCAGCGGUUUAUUUGCAUGCAGCCAGUGGGCAACGCGCCCUUGCUCUUUUGGCAGACUUUCAAAAAACCGAGGAAAAGUGGCUCUGGUGCUGCUGUAACUGGGUCCUGUAGUGAAAAUGGCUGUGACAAUUGAACGAAUUUUAAGAGGCAGGAAGAUCGGUUUAGUGUCAGCUGCAAUUAGAUAAUCAGAGCUUUCAAGUCCUCUCCGCGGAUGCCUCCCCCCGCCCCUCCCGCUGGAGGGGGUGAUCGGCUCCCUCCCGGGAAGGGAAGGGCAACGCCAGCUCCUGCCCCGCGGGCGCCUGCAGGUCGCCGGGCGCAGCCAGCACGGAGCCUCCCGGUGACGACAGCCGGCGGCCCGGGGCGCGCGGCGACAGGGUGGAGCUGAGAACCCGCGCUGCCCUAGAUGCGGGCGCCCGGGCGUUCGGCGCGCAAGAAAUCGGCCACAGCGGGCUGGCAGAGCAUUAUGAAAGUUCCCACUGGGGACAGCAGCCCACUUACAGGAGCGAAGCCAACGGCAGCUGGGAUAAAGUGAUAAUAGACAGGACCGAUAAGGAGGCGUGGCCUUCCAUCACGGGAACAGAGGCUGAAUCUGCCUCAGAAUGUACGACAGACACUGACUGUACCUCCAGCUGUGGCUCAGAGAACAGUAGCAUGGCUACAGGGAGUGCCCAGGGCAGCUUCACUGGACAUACCAAGAAGACGAACGGCAAUAAUGGCACCAACGGCGCACUCGUCCAAAGCCCUUCUAAUCAGAGUGCCCUUGGGGCGGGGGGAGCAAACGGUAAUGGAAAUGCAGCCAGAGUGUGGGGCGUAGCCACGGGCUCCAGCUCCGGCCUGGCUCACUGCUCCCUCAGUGGUGGGGAUGGAAAGAUGGACAACAUGAUCGGAGAUGGGAGAAGUCAGAAUUGCUGGGGUGCUUCCAACUCCAAUGCUGGCAUUAAUCUUAACCUUAAUCCCAAUGCCAACCCAGCUGCCUGGCCUGUACUUGGACAUGAAGGAACUGUGGCGACAGGCAACCCUUCCAGUAUUUGCAGUCCAGUCAGUGCCAUAGGUCAAAACAUGGGCAACCAGAAUGGGAACCCAGCGGGCACUUUAGGUGCUUGGGGAAACUUGCUGCCGCAAGAGAGCACAGAACCACAAACGUCCACUUCUCAGAAUGUGUCUUUCAGCGUACAACCUCAGAACCUUAACACUGAUGGACCAAAUAACACUAACCCCCUGAACUCUUCACCAAACCCUAUCAAUGCAGUGCAGACAAACGGACUGCCAAACUGGGGCAUGGCUGUUGGUAUGGGGGCCAUCAUCCCGCCCCACCUGCAAGGCCUUCCUGGUGCUAACGGAUCAUCAGUUUCUCAAGUCAGUGGGGGUGGCAGCGAAGGAAUCAGCAGUUCUGUGUGGGGACUGUCCCCAGGUAACCCUGCCACAGGAAAUAGCAAUUCUGGGUUCAAUCAGGGGAAUGGCGACACUGUGAACUCGGCAUCAAGUGCUAAGCAGAAUGGCUCCAGCAGUGCUGUGCACAAGGAGGGAAACGGAGGGAACGCAUGGGAUUCGGGACCUCCUGCCGGUCCUGGCAUCCUCGCCUGGGGGCGGGGCAGUGGCAACCAUGGCGUCGGUAACCUCCAUUCGGGAGCUUGGGGCCACCCCAGCCGAAGCCCCUCUAACGGGGUGAACGGGGACUGGGGAAAGCCCCCAAACCAGCAUUCCAGUAGCGACAUCAAUGGGAAAGGAUCAACAGGGUGGGAGAGUCCUAGUGUCGGCAGCCAGAAUCCUGCCACGCAGCCUGGCAGCGAACACACGAACUCUUGGGCCAAAGCUGCAUCUUCUGGAACGACAGCAAGUGAAGGAAGCAGCGACGGUUCUGGCAGCCACAACGAAGGAAGCGCUGGGAGGGAAGGAACAGAAGGCCGAAGGCGAGACAAAGGGAUUCUAGACCAAGGGCACAUCCAAUUGCCAAGGAACGAUCUUGACCCAAGAGUUCUGUCUAAUACUGGUUGGGGACAGACUCCAGUAAAGCAAAACACUGCCUGGGAAUUUGAAGAAUCCCCAAGGUCUGAGAGAAAGAAUGACAAUGGGACAGAGGCCUGGGGUUGCGCAGCUACUCAGCUUUCAAACUCAGGGGGGAAGAACGAUGGGUCCAUCAUGAACAGUACAAAUACCUCUUCAGUAACGGGGUGGGUCAGCUCACCACCUGCUGCUGCGCCAGCAAACACAGGUUGGGGAGACAGCAGCAGCAAAGCGCCAAAUGGCCCCGGGGUUUGGGGGGACACGAUAAGCUCUACUGCUGUUAGUAAUGCUGCUGCGGCCAAGAGUGGCCACGCUUGGAGUGGGACCGUAAAUCAGGAGGACAAGUCGCCCACCUGGGGUGAGCCUCAAAAACCCAGAGCUCAGAACUGGGGAGACGGACACAAAGCGAAUCCCGCCUGGAGCGCAGGAGGGGGAGAUUGGGCAGACUCGUCUUCUGUCCUCGGACACUUGGGGGAUGGGAAAAAAAACGGCUCUGGAUGGGAUGCUGACAGCAAUCGAUCAGGGUCUGGCUGGAACGAGGCUCCAAGGUCUGGGACCAGUGGCUGGGGCAAUGGCACAAAUGCAAAGGUGAAUCCAGGGACAAGCUGGGGAGAGUCUUUAAAGCCUGGCCCGCAACAGAACUGGGCGAGCAAACCCCAAGACAGCAGCGCGAGUAACUGGGGAGGAGCCACUUCCGUUAAACAGACAGGAACAGGGUGGAUUGGGGGGCCGGUCCCUGUCAAACAGAAGGACAGCAGUGAGGCCACGGGCUGGGAGGAACCUUCCCCGCCAUCUAUUAGACGCAAAAUGGAAAUUGAUGACGGUACCUCAGCUUGGGGCGACCCGAGCAACUACAACAAUAAAACUGUAAACAUGUGGGACAGAAACAACCCGGGCAUCCAGAGCAGUGCCUCGGUCAGCACCACCACCAGCACCAGCACCACCACCGCGAGCACCAACGCAAACGUGGCUGAGGCGCCCCCGACGCACCAGGCCAGCGCCCAGCUGAACCGAUCGCCACUGCUCGGUCCAGUUUCGUCAGGCUGGGGAGAAAUGCCUAAUGUUCAUUCAAAGGCUGAAAACUCUUGGGGAGAGCCAUCCUCCCCUUCUACCCUGGUUGAUAACGGCACAGCAGCAUGGGGCAAGCCGCCCAGCAGCGGCAGCGGAUGGGGGGACCAGCCCACCGAGCCGGCGGUGACGUUUGGAAGAGCCGGCGCCCCCGCUGCCGCCCCAACCCUGUGCAAACCAGCUUCAAAAUCUAUGCAAGAAGGCUGGGGCAGCGGCGGGGACGAUGCGAACCUCGGUGCCGGUCAGUGGGAAGACGAGGAUGGGGGCAUGUGGAACAACGCCGCUUCCCAAGAAAGCACCUCCUCCUGCAGUUCCUGGGGGAACGCCCCCAAAAAAGGACUCCAAAAGGGCAUGAAAACAUCUGGCAAGCAGGACGAGGCCUGGAUCAUGACCCGGCUGAUCAAACAACUCACAGACAUGGGCUUCCCGAGAGAGCCAGCUGAAGAGGCCUUGAAGAGUAAUAAUAUGAAUCUUGACCAGGCCAUGAGCGCUCUGCUGGAAAAGAAGGUGGACGUGGACAAGCGUGGACUGGGAGUGACCGACUACAAUGGGAUGGUCACCAAGCCCCUUGGCUGCCGCCCACCGAUCUCCAAAGAGUCUUCCGCAGACCGCCCCACCUUCCUGGACAAGCUCACGCUUUCUUUCCCCAAUCAGGAUGGCGGCCUCGUGGAAGAGCCCACGACUUCACCAUUUUUGCCUUCACCAAGCCUGAAGCUCCCCCUUUCCAACAGUGCACUCCCUAAUCAGGCCCUGGGCGGGAUUGCCUCAGGGCUGGGCAUGCAAAACUUGAAUUCUUCUAGACAGACACCGAGUGGCAACCUGGGCAUGUUUGGCAGCAGCGGAGCAGCCCCAGCGAGGACCAUGCAGCAGCCGCCACAGCCGCCCGUGCAGCCCCUGAGCUCCUCCCAGCCCAGUCUCCGUGCUCAAGUGCCUCAGUUUCUAUCCCCUCAGGUUCAAGCACAGCUUUUGCAGUUUGCAGCAAAAAACAUUGGUCUCAACCCUGCACUAUUAACCUCGCCAAUUAAUCCUCAGCAUAUGACGAUGUUGAACCAGCUCUAUCAGCUGCAGCUGGCGUACCAACGUUUACAGAUCCAGCAGCAGAUGCUACAGGCCCAGCGGAACGUUUCCGGACCCAUGAGACAACAGGAGCAGCAAGUUGCGCGCACAAUCACUAACCUGCAGCAGCAGAUCCAGCAGCACCAGCGCCAGCUGGCCCAGGCCCUGCUCGUGAAGCCGCCCCCGCCCCCGCCGCCCCUGUCUCUGCACCCCUCUGCAGGCAAAUCGGCCCUGGACAGCUUCCCCCCCCACCCCCAGGCCCCCGGCCUCCCCGACCUGCAGACCAAAGAGCAGCAGUCUUCACCCAGCACCUUCGCUCCCUACCCUCUCGCUGGACUGAACCCAAACAUGAAUGUCAGCAGCAUGGACAUGACUGGUGGUUUAUCAGUGAAGGACCCGUCGCAGUCCCAGUCACGCCUCCCUCAGUGGACACAUCCCAACCCCAUGGAUAACUUACCCGGUGCUGCUUCUCCACUCGACCAGAACCCCAGCAAGCAUGGUGCUAUCCCUGGAGGUCUGAGCAUUGGGCCUCCAGCUAAGUCCUCCAUCGACGACUCCUAUGGCCGGUACGAUUUAAUCCAGAGCAGUGAGUCACCAGCCAGUCCUCCUGUAGCUGUUCCCCAUAGCUGGUCACGUGCCAAAUCUGACAGUGAUAAAAUCUCAAAUGGCUCCAGCAUCAACUGGCCCCCAGAGUUCCAUCCUGGAGUUCCCUGGAAAGGACUUCAGAAUAUAGAUCCCGAGAAUGACCCCGACGUCACUCCUGGAAGUGUCCCCACCGGGCCUACCAUCAAUACCACCAUACAGGAUGUCAACCGCUACCUCCUCAAGAGUGGAGGGUCCUCCCCACCGUCAUCUCAGAGUGCCACACUGCCUUCCUCGAGUGCCUGGCCGCUCGCUGCCUCCGGCUACAGUCGCUCUCUCAGCAGCCUUGUGCCCGCUCCUAGUAUUGCAGGUAAACUGUCAGACAUUAAAUCGACGUGGUCCUCUGGCCCUGCCUCUCACACACAAGCCUCUCUGUCUCAUGAACUGUGGAAGGUGCCCAGAAACACUACUGCACCCACAAGGCCACCUCCAGGGUUAACCAAUCCCAAGCCUUCCUCCACCUGGGGAGCCAGUCCCCUCGGCUGGACCAGCUCCUACUCCUCGGGUUCUGCCUGGAGUACUGACACCUCAGGAAGGACAAGCAGCUGGCUCGUUCUCCGCAACCUCACGCCCCAGAUCGAUGGCUCCACCCUGCGGACGCUGUGCUUGCAGCACGGGCCUCUCAUCACAUUCCACCUGAACCUAACCCAAGGCAACGCCGUGGUCCGGUACAGCUCCAAGGAGGAAGCCGCCAAGGCCCAGAAGUCCCUGCACAUGUGUGUUCUGGGAAACACUACCAUCUUGGCCGAGUUUGCUGGCGAAGAAGAAGUGAACCGUUUCUUAGCCCAAGGCCAAGCACUGCCGCCCACCUCCAGCUGGCAGCCCAGCGCUGGGACCAGCCAGACGCGGCUGGGCGCCUCGGGCAGCUCCCACGGCCUGGUGCGCAGCGACACUGGCCACUGGAACGCCCCGUGCCUGGCAGGCAAAGGGAGCAGCGACCUGCUGUGGGGCGGGGUCCCCCAGUACUCCAGCAGCCUGUGGGGCCCCCCCAGUAGCGACGAUGGCAGGGUCAUCGGAAGCCCCACCCCGCUGAACACUCUGCUUCCUGGCGACCUUCUCAGUGGGGAGUCCAUCUAGCCCGGAGAGGCUGCAUGGGCACCGCAGUCAUCAGCACUAGGAAGAAACGCUGACCCUUUCCAGUCCGGGCGUCGCUGAGGACCCCGCUUGACCCGAGCAGCCCGGCAGCCCUUUCAAGUACCUCUGUCCAGUACUGAAGACGAACCUUGGCCGCAGUCCUUGCGAACUGUUCCCAAGACAGUGCGGGCUGCGCUGGGUCAGUGUCAUGUGUAAUGACAGGAUGCUUCUCACAGCUUUUUAUUUUGUGUCGUCUUAUGUUUGUAUGGUGUGUUGUCAUUUUGAUUUUUUAAGUAUAAAAGCUGCUUAGAAUAGUUCUAUCAUGAAGGGCACUUUUCAGAUUGUGGGCUGGAAAGGGUUAUUUUAUCAAGGGGGUGGGGAGGGGAGGGAGGGAGACGAGAAAGCCUAUUUAAAACGAGCCUGUGACGAUUAUGCACAUUACCAGAGGCGGACCCCGUAAUCAGGGGGAGCUGGCGUCCAUCACUGGGACACGGUCCUGGCGGCCCAGACCAGCGAGCCGAGCGGAAGGAGCGGUCUGCGAUCUGUUCUCUGUUCCCACGGAGCCGCCUAUGCACAUUACCCUUGUUUCAUUACUUUUUCAUGUCAUUUUUUUUAAUCCCAAAAAAUAUUUUUUAAAAGUUAAAAAAAAUAGACAUAUCAAACAUGCAAAUACUUGAAUCCAGCAGGCCAAUAAUGAAAUGUGAACACUUUCUAAGUCUAAUUCUACACUUCCAGGUUGGCAUCAGUACGCAGAAACAGGCUCUAGGAAAAAUUUCUAAGUUCACAGCCUAUGUGUGUGUGUGUUGAAACAGAAGCACGUGUGUGUGUGCGUGCGUGUGCGUGCGCACUUUCUGUGUGUGUUAAGUGUGUGAGGGAUUUAACUGUGGGUUUUCCCUUUUAUUCAGUAUGUGCUUUUUUUUUUUUUUGGCGCAUUGGUCAAACGUUUGUUAUUAUUAGCUUCUAACUUUGCACUGAGUGUCCCUGCCCUUCCUUUAGCUAAUCCUAUACAUUAAAGAGAAUUCAUAGGACAGGGCCGGUGACAAUUCAUGUGUAAAUGUUUACUCAAGGACUCUGUUAUUGCGUUUAAAAAUUACAGUGUAUAUCUCUGGAGAAAUAAUAUGUAUACCUACCUUUAGCAGCUUUUUAUCGUGGACUAAUGCAAGAAAAUUAUUACCAGAGUAUUGCACCAUUUUUCCAUUUGGAAUAUAAAGUUAAAGAGAAAACAACUCUCGUUGAACUGUGGCCAUAGAUACUUGUAGAGGUGGAUGGUUCCGCGGGAGGAACGGAGACAAGCACUUGGACGUGGGUUGUGACUGCUUUCGGAGGAGCCCGAGGCGCGGGCUCCCACCUGUUUACAGACCUUUUUUUCUCCUUCAGACUUUAAAAUAAAAAAAUUUUAAAAAGGAAUUUAAAAAAAGAAAAGAAAAAAAAAAAGACUUCCGUCGUAAAGAAACCUAUUUUCAGAAUGCAGAUCCGCUACUUCAGAGCUCUGGGAUUGAACAGUGUUGUUUUCCCCUCCGGCCACCGUCGUGGACUCUGUCGACUGUCCCCUUCGUCCAGGUGACGAGUUGUGGUCACUGUCUUGCACACGCGGAUGCGCUCUCAGGAAAGCCAGGGUUCCCGAGGGGCAGCUCCACACCAUUUCAUGUAUUUUGUAACCCAACUCCUAGCACUGAAGAUGUUAUUAAAAAACAAACAAAAAAUAAAGAAAAAAAAGAAAAAAGAGGAAAAAAAAAACACAAAGAAGAAAGAUACCUAAUCUCUAACGUGUAGCAGUUACGUAUGUACCAAAUAAUGGACUCAAAGGAAAUAGAUGUUCGAAGAGUGCUUUAUAUAUUAAAAAUUGCUUUAUGUUUUAAAAAUGAUCAAUGUUUUGAUUGUUUUGCAAGAAAGAAAGACAAUGGAGUAACAUACCCUUGAGUAUGUUUAAAAAAAUAUAUGAACAUGUGCUCCCUGCCUGCUUGAUCAGGAAACUUGUGCAUUACAUUUUUUUUAAUUAGCUUUUUAAUGGUUUUAUCAAAACAAAACAAACAAAAAAAAAAAACAAAAAAAAAGAAAAGAAAAAAUAAGUUCCUGCAAAAUUGCAGAUCAACAAAAGCUGGUUUUAUAGAGGAUCAUGAACUAUGCACAAACUGGUUCAAGACUUUUUUCUCAAGUUCAGUAGUGUAUUUAGCUAAACAGACCUUCCUCAGAGUAAGUGCAUCUCAUUGCCAUUACAUGCGUUCUGUAUAUUUGAUGUACACGUCCCUGCGUUAUGUACACCAAAUAUACGUGCGUGCGUGCCCGUGUGCACCCAGACAUACAGCUUCCCAUGCUGCAUUUAGCAUCGAGUUGUAGAAAACUGAUAUUUUUAAAUUGAGGGUGGAAGUAAAGAUUCUCUCUGUUUUUGUUUUUUGUUGGGGUGGGUUUGGUUUUUUUCUUUGGACCUUUUAUUUUGAAUUAAAGAUGUCUGUAACUCUGAGAUUAAAAGACAAGUUUGUGGCUUUUAAUGUUUUUCCUCAUAGAAUGUGAUUGUUGAAGAAAAUGCACCGAAAGUUGCUUUCAAAAGUACAACGCUUUGUUGAAUCUUAAUAAAUUGCAAUUUUUUUUCUUGGCUGUUCAAAUAAAUGUGUUUUUUAUUUUUCA